GUAUUGGGGCAUCAUCCACGCGCGCACGCGCCAGAGCCGCUGGAUCUUCCCGCGCGCCUCCGCGCUGCUGCACGGCGGCGCGGUGGCCUACGCCGCGCGGUGGCCCCUCGCGGGCGGCCUCUGCGCGGGCUGGCUGCUGCUGCUCACGCUGGCGGCGGCGCAGGCGCUGCUGGCGUGGGGCCUGCUGCUGCGGUUCGACUGCCACGCCGCGCUGCCCGAGGAGGAGCGGCCCCACCGGCUCCUCUUCCGCUCGACGCUGCUGCCGGCCGCCCCGCUGACCCGCGGCGCGCCCGGAGCCGCCCCACCCGGC